CUCAUGCUUGUUAUCUCAGUUUGAUGAAGGUAGAGGAGGAGGAGGGAAAGUUCUCAAGAGUCGAAAAAGUGACUUUAAGAAGAGAAAACCUGCACUUUAAUCGAUGAAUGUGUUAGUUUUCUGCCUCAGUUGCUUAAAAAGGAACUUUUGGAUAUUUUUUUUCCAGUUUGAGGAGUAAGAAGCCGCAGAAAGCCACGCAUACAGGUUUGUGCUGACUCUUCCUCAUCGACCAAUCACCUGCCACCGUUGUGUCUCCUAAUACCUAUCCGAAAUAUUGAGUUUGUGAUCAAUAAUAUCUGACUGCUGACCGGUCUCCUUGGAUUGUUGAACCCAGAGAAGUCAACAGCUGAUAGAGGAAUAUCUGUGAGGCUUCUUGUCCUGUGGUUAAGCUGAUCUUUAUUGGACAGCUUCCUCAUUCCAAAGCCUGUGAUUGAUCUGUGAAUGAAACUCCUCCUCAUUGGACGAAGAGGAACUCCAGUGGAGACUGACUUCUGACCGGUCUCGUUGGAUGAAUGACAGAUUUUUUUUAAACCUUUCUUGUCGUGUUGAACUGAUUUCAAUUGAGUCAGCUGACUCAUUCCAAAGCUGAUUGGUCGUCAACAAGAGGAACUCUUCCUUAUUGGUUGAAGAGGAAUUAAAGUAAAAAUGGCAGCUUCAGAACUGAUCCAGGACAGCGACGGCGUCCGGCCCCACGUGGAGGUCAACGUCACCACAACGAAUCCGGAAACUCCUCCGAUUGUCGCCAAUGGAAACCCCGUCCGCCACGCGUCCUCGCCGACGACCGCAUCGCCGCCGCCGGCCGGUAACAAGACGGCGCAGGACGGCGGCAAGCUGAGCAGCCUGCUAAAACAGAACCAGCUGAUCCAGUCGCUGAGCAGCCGGCUGCAGCGUCGCGACUACGUGAAGAUCGCGGUGUCAGAGGAGCGCACCGACCGCCUCCCCGCCGAGUGGUGGAAGACGGGCGUGGCCUUCCUCUACGCCAUCUUCAUCCUCGUCUUCACCACCGUCCUCAUCACCGUGGUGCACGAGCGUGUGCCGGACAAGUCGGUGAGCCCGCCGCUGCCCGACAAGUUCUUCGACUACGUGGAUCGCGUGCCGUGGGCCUUCACCGUCACCGAGGUCAACGGGCUGAUCCUCUGCGGGCUGUGGCUGGUGCAGCUGCUCUUUCUCAAACACAAAGCCAUCAUCGGCCGCCGCUGCUUCUUCCUGAUCGGGACGCUGUACCUGUACCGCUGCGUCACCAUGUACAUCACCACGCUGCCGGUGCCAGGGAAGCACAUGGUGUGCGCUCCAAAGCUCUACAACGACUCCACGGGGAAGAUCUGGAGGAUUCUGAGUCUGAUCUCGGGAGGAGGUCUGUCUCUGACCGGCUCUCACCUGAUGUGCGGGGACUUCCUGUACAGCGGUCACACCGUCAUGUGCACGCUGUCCUACCUCUUCAUCAAAGAGUACUCUCCCCGGUGGAUGUGGUGGUACCGCUGGAUCUGCUGGUGCCUCAGCGCCUCGGGUGUUCUCUGCAUCCUGAUUGGUCACGAGCACUACAGCAUCGACGUGGUGGUCGGGUACAUCGCCACCACCAGGACCUUCUGGUGGUACCACACCAUGGCCAACACGCAUGCUCUGCGUCAGGCUCCCAACAACUUCCUGUCAAGGACGUGGUGGAACCCGGCCUUCAACUUCCUGGAGAGGAACGUCAGAACCCCGGUUCCCGUCGUGUUCUCGUGGCCUGUGGCGCUGCCGUCGUCCUGCAGACAGCGGUACAGGAUAGUGGAGGGGGGGAGGGACGAGUGAGGAUCGGUGGCGCUGCCGUGGUCCUGCAGACAGCGGUACAGGAUCGUGGAGGGGGGGAGGGACGAGUGAGGAUCGGUGGCGCUGCCGUCGUCCUGCAGACAGCGGUACAGGAUCG